AUGUUUGUACCUACGAUCAAAUACAAAAGAGUCUCUGAACAAACCAAAGAGAAAGAGAAUAAAGAAGUUGAAAUAAAAAGAGUCGAGUUGGAAGUUCCAAAGGCUGUUGGUUCAACAACUGUCCCCAGUGUUUUCAAUCCACCCCAAAAGCCGGUGGUUGUCCCUAGACCCACUACUGUUACUGCUACACCUCCAGUAGGCAGCUUUGUUGUUUCUAUACCUGCAAUACCAAAGUCUGUUAUUAGUGCCAUUACCACAGAACCUAUCAAGGAUCCCGAGCCAGAAAAUGUGCUAGAUAGCGAAAAUAAAGAAAGUCUGGAUGAAGUGCUGGUAGUUGUGGAGCCAAGUAUUGAAGUGGACCCGAUUGACAAGGAGCGGAUUGUGAUUACAUUAUCGACUGGUAAACAAUACAAGGCCGAUCGCUACUGUCCUCAUGCGGGUGCAGAUCUAAGUUUUCAUGGCAUAAUUGGUGAAGACGAUUAUCCUCCCGAAAUUGGACCCAUCCUGACAUGCGGAAUCCACUACUGGGAAUUUGUUCUCGACAGACAAGGUGUCGGGCACAACGGAAUGGUAUCGAUUGAAGCUUGUCCAGUCACGUGCAAAAGCGGAUCAAGUAAAUUAGAGUGGUGAAAGAAAGAAAAAGUCAAAUUGAGUGUGCCAGUUGAAAUCAAAUAAAGAAGUAACAUAUAUAUAUAUACUAAAAAAAAGGCACAAACUGUUAUUAAUAAGAAGGAUAUAAAAGUUAAGAAAAGAAAUGACAGCAGCUUUUCUUUUUUUUAUAUGGAUAAUUAACUAAUUAUACAUCUACAAUAUUAUACACAAUAAUGGAUGGUGUAUGAUAAACACUAGUGAUACUGGUAAUAAUAACGAGUAAAAUGAAAGCAAAUG